CAUAAAAAAGAGAGAAUCUGAACCGUCGAUUUGUCGUUCCUAUAAUAAGAUAUAUCUAUCUUGUUGACAGCAAUUGUCGGCGGUGACAGAGAGAAUCUGAAGAUGUCGUCAGGUGUGGCAAACAACGAGGAAGACAAGAAGCCAACUGAACAAGGCGGCGCUCACAUCAACCUCAAAGUUAAGGGUCAGGAUGGGAAUGAAGUGUUCUUCAGGAUCAAGAGAAGCACUCAACUGAAAAAGCUUAUGAACGCUUACUGUGAUCGACAAUCCGUGGACUUCAAUGCCAUUGCUUUUCUCUUUGAUGGGCGUCGUCUCCGUGCAGAGCAGACUCCAGACGAGUUGGAAAUGGAAGAUGGGGAUGAAAUCGACGCCAUGCUUCAUCAGACAGGAGGUUCUGUUAUCUGAAUGAAGUGACGAUGUUUCUGCCAUAUUAUGAAUAGAAUUAGUUUGACUUAGAGCUAGGCUAAUGCAUAUUAUGCAUCAGCUAUUAUCGAUUAUCGACUAGCAUAUGAUAUACAGCUGUUACAGCUGGAGGACUUUGUAAGGGCGAUGCUUCCUUUGUUAAUAUGAUCAUGAGUGGAUUAUAAUAUUUCUACAUGUGAAAGCUUAUACUCAUUUAUCUUGAGCUUGUUAAAUAAAUCCACAUGUUUGUUGAUA